AUGGCUAAAGAGCUUGAAGAUAUAAGAAGAAAAAUAAAACUAUCAGAUGAAUACGGACUUGUCAAGGACCUUCCAAAAGAGGGACAGAGAAAGAGUCAUGGCAAUGUUGUAGAGCCAUACAAUGAUCAUCAGUGGCAAGAAAAUGGAACAUCAAUUCAAGGAACACAUCCAUAUCCUUCAGGACCAGGUGUCCAGUUAAGUGAUGGUACAAUGAUGCAGACAGACCCCAGUCACACCGCACAGAUGGAAAUGGCUAUUUACGAAAAAAACAGAAACAAAGAAGUUCCAAGUGGGGCUGGCAUGCAUGAUAUCAGGACACAUCAUGAAAAAUCUGAUCCAUCAAAGGCAUUAGUUUCAAUAGGAAAUCAACAAGCACUUGUUCCAAAGAAAGCCAUGACAAUGCCUAAACCAGCCUGGCAUCCACCAUGGAAACUUUAUAGGGUUAUUAGUGGUCAUCUUGGAUGGGUCCGGUGCAUUGAUGUAGAACCAGGUAACCAGUGGUUUGUUACUGGAGCUGGAGACAGGGUUAUCAAGAUAUGGGAUCUGGCCUCUGGAACUCUCAAGCUCUCGUUAACUGGUCACGUCAGCACUGUACGAGGGGUGAAGGUCAGUCAUAGACAGCCAUAUUUGUUUUCCUGUGGAGAGGACAAAAUGGUUCGAUGCUGGGAUUUAGAGUAUAACAAAACAAUCAGACAUUACCAUGGUCAUCUAAGUGCUGUGUACUCAAUGGACCUCCACCCCACAAUAGAUGUGUUACUGACCUGUGGUCGGGACGGGUCGGCCCGCGUGUGGGACAUCCGGACCAAGGCAUGUGUUCAUACACUGGUGGGUCAUAACAACACGGUGGCUGAGGUCAGGUGUCAGGCAGCAGAACCACAGGUGAUCACUGGUAGCCAUGACUGCACCAUCAGGUUGUGGGAUUUAGCCAUGGGGAGGACACGAGUCACACUGACCAACCACAAGAGGAGUGUCAGAGCACUCUCCCUCCACCCCAAGCUAUAUACCUUUGCUUCAGCAUCACCAGAUAACAUCAAACAGUGGAAAUUCCCCAAUGGAGACUUUAUACAGAAUCUCUCUGGUCACAGUGCCAUUGUUAAUGCGCUGGCUAGCAAUGCUGAUGGCGUCCUUGUGUCUGGAGCUGACAAUGGAUCAAUGUACUUCUGGGAUUGGAAAACUGGAUACAACUUCCAGAGAGUCCAGGCUGCAGCCCAGCCUGGAUCCAUCGAUUCGGAGUCUGGAAUAUUUGCCAUGACCUUUGACCAGAGUGGCAGUCGUCUGCUGACCACAGAGGCAGACAAAACCAUCAAAAUUUACAAGGAAGAUGACUCUGCUACUGAAGAAACACAUCCAAUAAAUUGGCGUCCAGACAUCGUGAAGAAAAAGAGAUACUGAGGAGUGAGGAAUCAGAAUGUGAGGAUGAGGAGUGAGGAAUGAUAGAAUGACAAUAAUGGAUCAAAACAGGUGUCAUCCAUUUAUUUAAAUAAAAUUGGAAGUGAUUUUAAACACUAUCAAGAAGAAUAGAGAAAAUCAAUGACGACCAACAUUUCCAAAGAUCAACUUUUAAGAUUGAAGGAUGGUUUAAUGAAGAAUUCUCUUCGUGCAGUAUUCAGUAAUGUGGAGUCAAAACUGAUAACACAAAACAAACAUUUAACAAAAUAAUUUUAAUAAC